GAAAUUUUUCUUACACGGAUGAAACUUCUACUUCUGACCAUUGGCCUGUGUGUGGUCAAUGCAGUUACCCCUAAUAAUUGGCCCCGUUUAAGCUCUGAGUUCAAACCUGAACAGAUCAAUGGGAAGUGGUUCUCCAUUGCAGUGGUAUCUAACAAACGAGAAGAGACAACUCCAAGUGGACCAAGAAGGUUUCAAAUUGACUCCUUCCAAGCCAAAAAGAAUGGAGAGAUUAAGGCAAUUACUUACACCAAUUGGAAUAAUAUAUGUGAACAAGCUAAUAUCACACUCACUGAAACCAAGAUCCCUUGCCAAUACAAAGUUAAUGAUCUUGAAGAUAACUACUUUCUCAUGGAAGAUACUGACUAUACAAACUUCUUAAUUGUGUAUUGUCAAAUUGGGAAGAAUGGGAUAUGGGAACUAUUUGGAAGAAACAAAUAUAUAUCCAGAGUAUUUAAAAAGAAGUUUGAGAAUAAAAUCAUGUCUCGUGGUUUGCAAAAACAGGAUAUUUCUUACUUCAGGGAAAAAGAGAGAUGCCCCAACGGAGUCAUAAAGGACUCUAAGAACUGACCUUUCAGCAGAUUCCCUCCACUUG